UUCCACUGAGAACAUAACACUGCUAUAAUGUUUCUCCUACCAGUGAGGGCCAAAACCUUUCAGGGGCCCCGCAUGACUUGCAUAAUGACAGCCGAGACAUUCAAUGUGAUACAUUUUACCGCAAGCUCUUACCAAGGGACACAAAUCUCUGGGUCUCUGUACCAUCGCACAGCGAUAUCUACUUUCCAUCGGAUUGCAUACCGCCUGAUGAUGGGUCUGAUGUCGAUGUUGUUGUUUGCUGUUAUGUGUGUAAUAUUUGCUGUCUGUUAUGUUUCUGUUCACAUGUUUUUGAGAUUUCAAAUCUCAUUUACAGUAAUUCUGGUCAAUGUACGGCGCCAACCAAUCAAUUUCCGUUAUGCAAAUAGUUACUCUCUACUAUUCCUCCACAUCAUACUAAUGUGUGUAGGAGGGUUUGGUUAUAUCUGCCUCAUUUAUGUUGAUAUUUAA